GAUGGGAAACCAGCCAGCAAAAACUCAGCCACGAGGAAAAUUCCUGGCUGGCCCUUGCUACACUUUGCUUCUUUGGGCCUAAUGGUGAGAGCACAACAGGGCUGUUCAAAUGGUUUCUUCUCCGUCAUUCAUAUGUAUGGCAGAGGCUGAAUGUUGUUCAAACAAAGUCUGCACUGGAGACAUACCUGAUAGACCCCAGGGAAGCCAGUCUUUCCCCACAGGCUGCAUACUCUAGACCGGGGAAAGACAAACAGCAUUACUCAUGCAGAGGAAAAGGCAGAACUUGUGCUUUAAAUCUAAAAACAAACACUGGUGCUAGUGCUUUGCAGUAUCUAUAUUCUUCAGAGCACUUCCUCAACCACCACUUCCCCAAAACACCGUUUCCCUCCAGUUUAUAAAGCCCCUGUGGCACACAGUGCUGUGUUCAGCAAGACUUGGCAGCUCCCUGUGCUUGCAUCCCAUCAGCAUGAAAGUGUCCCUUGGCCUCAGCUUCUUCCUGGCUUUCCUGGACCCAGGGAUCUCCCUUCAGUGUGAGGUUUGUCACAGCAUAGGAAAAAGCUGCUCUGGCUCCAUGAAAACCUGUAGUGGUGGUGAAGAUACCUGUGGCAUCAUUCUGCAUGAGGUCAUGAUAGGGGGGAUGGCAAUCCCUUCGUCCAUCAAGUCCUGCCUGCCGUCCAGCAUUUGCCAGCUUGGCCCUAUCACCAUGAACUAUGGGAAGGUAAAAGCAAGGAGUCACUUGGCUUGCUGCACAGGCGAUGACUGUCAAACAAUCUCUGUCUCCUUGCCACCAGAGGACAAUGUGCCCAAUGGAUACCAGUGUCCUGCCUGCUACAGUGUGGACUCCUUUCAGUGCGGUAACGAAAUCGUAAACUGCACCGGAUCUGAAACCCAGUGUGUUGACCUUGCUGGGUUAAUGAAUUCUGGUGGACUGUCUCUGAAAGCUGCCAUGAAGGGUUGCACCACCAUUUCUGAAUGCAGUAUUGUAGGAGAUGGAAAAAACAAUCUGGGGAUGAUGGACAUAAAGUUAAGGCGGUUCCAAUGCAAACCAGCUUCUACUUUGGCCAGAGUGAGUGCUGGGUUUGCCCCUCGAGACACCGUCUUCCUCCCUGUCCUGUCAGGAUUCAUCUUGGAGAAGGUACUUUUCUGACUCUCACUAGUACUGGGUUAAGCAAAGCCCACGACAAACUCCAGCAGUGGUUAAUACCAAGUCCUGUUUGGUGUGGCUUCUCCUGUGUGGGGAGUUUGUUUUCAUAUUAGUUCUUCUUCUUUUAUAAUUUCACAGAAUAAAGACAGUACUU